GGCGGCGUCCGCACCAUGCCGCUGGACUAUCUCAGCCACGCCUUGCACGUGACCAGGCCGGUGCCUCACGUGCCGUUCCCCCACGCGGGUAACGCCACCACCACUCCCACCGCCUCACCUCCAGUUAAGAAGGCUGCUCCUCGGUCUGCGGUUUCUGAUAUCAAUGGCAGUAAAGACACGAGUAUGAGGGAUAAAGGCAGAGAUGAUACAUACAUUGUUGUUAGAGAUCGAAAAGUGAGUCUCUUUUUGUCUUAUUUUACAUCCUUUGCAUUGGAUCUGCACGAUGAGCUUAUGUUCUGCCUACAUCGUGUCUUUCAUGGAAUCUCUACAGAAUUUAGAGAUGGAUGA